UCUUCAUCCUAUCCAACGGUUCAGUUCAACUUUAACAGACAGAGACGGUGACAUCAUCAUGCAGGCUUUUCUCUUCCUGUUGGGCCUGGCUCUCUGUGCUGUGUCUCCUUCAGAAGAACUAGUAGUGGAGCCACAGCAAAACAGCUGUCCCCUAUUCUGGUCCAUUUUCAACGGCCGCUGCUACAAGUACAUCUCCACACGUUUGACCUGGGCUGAUGCAGAGCUCCACUGUGUGUCAGAGGGAGGCAACCUGGUGUCUAUCCACAGUCAGGGGGAAGAUCAUUUUGUCAAAACACUGAUCAAGAGCGUUGACCCUGCUGAGGGAUACACCUGGAUCGGACUCAGUGACGUCCACAAAGAAGGAAGAUGGAUGUGGUCUGAUGGGUCAGCAGUCACCUUUGUCUCUUGGGCAACAGGAGAGCCAAACAAUCGGAGAAAAGAAGACUGUGUCAACAUCAACUCUGGUUCUGAUCACAACAAAUGGAAUGAUAAAAGAUGUUCUGAUGGAAUUCCCUCAGUUUGUGCAUCUCGCACAACUCGUCCUUAGCAACUGAGAUGUUAUGUCUGAUUGAAUCAGGUCACUGUAAAACUGUGACUCAGUUAACAUGCUUUUGACCACAAUAAAGAAACGAAUGUACACUUA